AGAAAACAUCGAGAUGGAAGCUCUGGUGGCAUAGUCAAUUACUAGUUGGGCUGCCACAUGCUGUGAAGUUUUGUUUUGAUGAAACAUACCAGGAGCCUGGAUGGUGCUGUGAGAUAAGCUUUGGACUGCUCACCAUAGGUUGUCAGUUCAAAACCACCAACUGCUCUGAGCGAGAAAGACCCUUUCUGCUCCGAUAAAGCCUCAGAAUCCUAAUAUAGGAUAACUUGAAGUUGGAAUAUGCUUGAUAGAAGAUUAUUCCGUUCCCAGGGAUAAAGAGUUCAGAAUAAUUUUGGUGAUGGAUUCCAACGUGGGGAAUAAGAAUAAGCUGAACAUUUGACCUGCUUUGAAGAAGCAUAAUAUACAUUGGUCUAAAAUAAUUGGUAACAAACAGACCAUUCAAAAUGAAUGUGACAGGAGUUUCCAAGAUGGAAAAUCAUUCGGUGCAUUAUAAUUUUUCGGAGAAGUCCCAGUUUUUGGCUUUUGAAAACGAUGAUUGCCAUCUGCCCUUGGCCAUGAUAUUUACAUUAGCUCUUGCAUAUGGAGCCGUGAUCAUUCUUGGGGUCUCUGGAAACCUGGCUUUGAUCAUCAUCAUCUUGAAACAAAAGGAGAUGAGAAAUGUCACCAACAUCCUGAUUGUGAACCUUUCCUUCUCAGACUUGCUAGUAGCCAUCAUGUGCCUCCCCUUCACCUUCGUCUACACAGUGAUGGACCACUGGGUCUUCGGUGAGGCAAUGUGCAAGCUGAAUCCUUUUGUGCAAUGUGUUUCAAUCACGGUGUCCAUUUUCUCUUUGGUUCUCAUCGCCGUGGAACGGCAUCAGCUGAUCAUCAACCCACGAGGGUGGCGGCCAAACAAUAGACACGCUUACGUAGGCAUCGCUGUCAUCUGGCUCAUGGCCGUUGCUUCUUCUUUACCCUUCCUGAUCCACCAAGUCCUGACUGAUGAGCCAUUCCAAAACGUAACACUCGAUGCGUUGAAAGACAAGUACGUGUGCUUUGAUAAAUUUCCUUCGGACGCUCAUAGGCUGUCUUAUACUACUCUGCUAUUGCUGCUGCAGUAUUUUGGCCCCCUCGGUUUUAUAUUUAUUUGCUACUUUAAGAUAUAUAUACGCCUAAAAAGGAGGAACAACACGAUGGACAAGAUGAGAGAUAAUAAGUACAGGUCGGGCGAAACCAAAAGAAUCAACCUCAUGCUGCUCUCCAUUGUGGUCGCCUUCGCCGUCUGCUGGCUGCCGCUAACCAUCUUCAACACCGUCUUCGAUUGGAAUCAUCAGAUCAUUGCCACGUGCAACCAUAAUCUGCUAUUUCUGCUCUGCCACCUCACCGCAAUGAUAUCCACCUGUGUCAAUCCCAUAUUUUACGGAUUCUUGAACAAAAACUUCCAGAGGGACUUGCAGUUCUUUUUUAACUUUUGUGAUUUCCGGUCUCGGGAUGCCGACUAUGAGACAAUAGCCAUGUCUACCAUGCACACGGAUGUGUCUAAGACAUCGUUGAAACAGGCAAGCCCGGUCUCGUGUAAAAAAAUCCAAAAUGAUGAGAAUGAAAAAAUCUGAAGCUGCUUGUAACCUGUGGUCCCAGGUGACAUCGGUUAAAAACAAGCACAACCUGUCGCUCCCAAGGAAUGGGGCUGGGAGUGUUUGGAAAAGGC